CAUACUCUGCAUUACGUAGUACUGUUGUUUAAUAACUCCGUAGUGAUGGCAAUUGGAAGUAUUGUUGGGGUUGAAAAUGGAAAGACUGAUUCUGUACCGGAAAGUUUCAUUCCAGGAGGUAUGGCACCAGAAAAUGGAGUAAUAAGUAGAGAAAAAACAGGAGAAUAUUGUGUCCCAAGAAAUGUUCACGAUGCAACACUUAGUCAUGCUAUUACAGAGCCUGAAGCUAAUAAUGAGAGCACUGAAGAAAGAGAUGCAGAUAUGGCUACUGUGCUAGCUAAGUAUGAAAACUAUCUUCUUGAAAGGGUCAAGCAUCAGUUAGGUUACCCUAAGAAUAUGGACUUGGAUCAUGGUACUCCUCUUGCUUGGCUUCAACGUUUCCAUCUCAACAAUUGUGGUGAUCCCUUUACUAAGAGCAACUUUGGUCUCAAUUCUCAACAGUUCGAAUUGGGUGUGUUAGAUUGGUUUGCUCAACUUUGGGAAAUCGGUAAUCAUGAAUAUUGGGGUUACAUUACAAAUGGUGGUACAGAAAGCAAUCAUCAUGGUAUCUUUAUGGGGCUCCAAAAAUCUCAUUUAAGAAGCCAAUAGGGAGUGUUAGUAUUUCUGGCCACAAGUUUAUUGGUUGUCCAACACCCUGCAGUGUUCAGAUAACAAGGUUGGAUCAUAUCAAUGCCAUGUCAAGGUAUGUUGAGUGCAUUGCCUCCAGGGAUGCCACGAUCUCGGGAAGACGCAAUGGUCAUGCCCCAGUCUUCCUGUGGUACGCCCUUAACAGUAAAGGUUAUGGAGGGCUUCAGAAAGAAGUCCAAACAUGCGUCAGGAAGGCCCAGUAUCUGAAAAACCGUUUACGUUCUGAAGGGAUAAGUGUGAUGCUUAAUGAGCUCAGUAUAACUGUUGUAUUUGAAAGGCCAAAAGAUGAAGAGUUCGUUCGUCAUUGGCAACUUGCUUGUCAGGGAAACAUUGCUCAUGUUGUGGUUCUGCCGAGUGUCACUAUCAAGAUACUUGAUGAGUUCUUGAAUGAUCUGAUUAUGAAACGCUCGAUGUGGCAGCUCCAGGAUGGAAAGGUUCAACCUACUUGUAUCGCCGUAGAUAUUGGAAAGGAAAGUUGUGCUUGUCCUCAGCAUAAAGGAAGCUCUGCUACAACCUAAAGAUGAUAACUGUGCGAUAUUUGACGUCCGUAGCUGAUAACUGGGCUAACUGUUUAUGGUUUUUAUCUACGAUCCAGUUCAGGUACUCUCACAUUUACAGAGAAGGAAAUGGCGUAGCUGAUUUACUUGCAAAACGGGACGCUUCUUCAAGUUCUCAAUGGUGGAUAGAGCCACCAUCUUUCAU